GAUAUUGUGUUUAAAAAGUACAGAUUCCCGGGCCGUAACUCCCAGGAAGAUGAACAAGUAAAGAAGUAAGUGGACUGUGGCACAAAGAAAAGGACCCUUCGUUCAAAAUGGUGUCUUUGAGGCUGCUGAUUCAAAGUGCAGAUUUCUCAUUUGCACACCACUUGUGCUUUUCACUAGGGGGCACAGGCUUGGGAUUGGAGUGGUGGCAGAAGAGACAGCUGUGGUGUGGUUGUGGACUCUCAGGGAUGACAGGGAGGGCUGUGUGUACAAAAUCAGUUCUUUCUUGUUACCUAUCACAGUGAGAAUAUUGGAGAAUUAUCUUUCAGAAGCUUCUAGUCGUGGCUGGUGAAGAUCACUCUGCCUGCAGGAGUCUCCUCCUGCUUCCCAACAUGCAAGUGUGCAUAUAGCAGUCCUUGCAGAAAGGGGCUAUGGGAGGCCCAGGAUAGGGAGGGCAGGCACUCACUCUUCUUGUCACCAAUCUGCCCACAGCACCCUUUGUUCCGUCUUCACCUUGUGGAUGGACUGCUAUCCUGCUGAUUUCUGAGAGCCCCAGAACCGACACCCAGUGAAAGAACUUACCAACUAUGCCAUGCUCCACAUGCCCUCCUCGGACCUGCUCCUCCACCUCCACAUUCUUCUGGAUGAGCUGGAGGAGACCGGGAAGAAUGAGACCAAGAAACAGAGGAAGAAGUCCCUGUGUGGUCACCUCAGAGCAUGCUUUGGCCGCCAUAGAGCAGCUUCUCUGAACCUGCCAAGAAAGAAGCCCUCGGUGAUGGUCAGGGAUGGUGAUGGAUGGAGAUCUGGAGCCAUCACUGGACUCCACAAAGCAUGUGCAUGUAGAGGGGUUGCAUGUAUUUGCAGUGAGGCCCCAACGGGUUGUGAGUCCUGUGGAUAUGCCACUGGUUCUGAACCCCAUAUGUGACAGAGAUGAAACAAAGAAGAAGGUCUCGAGACUCUGGCCUCAGUCAAAGCUGUAGACACUGGAUCAGUGGCAAGCCACGAACCAACCAUCUCAGAGAUUUGUCCAAAAAGAAACCUAGGAAAUCACAAGGCAACUCAGGCAAGUGUGCUAAUGCGUCAGCCCUGACCCUGAAUGUGCCAUGCCAUAUAUGGAGCCCGGAGGCAGGCCUGCUGGGCAUGCUGGUGAUGAAUCUGGUCCCUGCCUACCAGAAAGGCGAUCUCUUCUAUGUUGGAAACUUCCUCCACAAUUAUAGACAGUGGGCAACAAUGGAGCAAGUGCUAGAUAUUGUGUUCAAAAAGUACAGAUUCCCGGGCCGUAACUCUGAGGAAGAUGGACAAGCAAAGAACAGCCUUUGUUGCAUCUUCACCAUGUGGAUGGACUGCUAUCCUGCAGAUUUCCGAGAGCCCCAGAACCGACACCCGGUAAAAGAACUUACCCACUAUGCCAUGCUCCACAUGCCCUCCUCAGAUCUGGUCCUCCAUCUCCACGUUUAUCUGGAUGAGCUGGAGAAGAGCGGGAGGAAUGAGACCAAGACACAGAGGAAGAAGUCCCUGUGUGGUCACCUCAGAGCUUGUUUUGGCUGCCAUAGAGCAGCUUCUCCUGACCUGCCAAGAAAGUUGCCCUCGGUGAUGUCAGGGAUGGUGAUGGAUGGAGAUCUGGAGCCAUCACUGGACUCCACAAAGCAUGUGCAUGUAGAGGGGUUGGAUGCAUUUGCAGUCAGGCCCCAAAAGGUUGUGAGUCCUGUGGAUAAGACACUGGUUCUGAACCCCACAUGUGACAGAGCUGAACUUGUAGGGACCCCAAAGAAAGAAGAAAGUAAUAGUGAUUGUCUUCCUCUGACUUUCACAGGCGGCCCAGAUCAGCUCAUAAAGGGUCAAAUCAGCACUCCUCCUGGCGUGCUGGAGGGAGUAGCACACGUGGGGCUGAUGGAAAAUGUCCCCAGUCUGUGUUCAGGGGAACCAAUAAGUGAGGUCCCAAAGUUAGAUGCAGCUCAGGAAAGUGAAUCUGUCCUCAAAAAAUAUGUGGACAAAUCAGUCCUGCUGCAGCAGAACCAAUCUCCAACAGAGAAAUUAGAAUCUGCCUCUCUGGCAAUUGCAGGAGCAACUCCAAUCUUUCAUGAGGAGGUAGAUCCCUUGGAGGAUUCUGAGGCAGAAUUUAUGUUUGAAGGCAAAUUAGAAGCCAACCUAGACUUAGAGCUUCCCUCCCCUCUCCCUGGGUAUAUCUGUCUUUUUCUUUUUGUCCUGAUUGUUGUAAAAUGUUCAUUCUUUUUAUUCUUCUAAAUUUAUUAAAUAUAUAUGUUUAUGUUUUACAAUUUAUGGAGGCUAAAUGCUGUGGUUUGUUUUCUUAUACAUUCUGAUGUCCCAGACACAUGAGUCCUGAGUAAAGGCAAAAUAGUGACCUGGAGCUGUCCAAGAGCACUUACUGGCUAUGAAGGGAACUGUUCAGUGCACUGUAGGGGCAAGGAACCCAACCCAUGCUUGCAUGGGGUGAUCAGGCCAUUACUAAAGUUCUAGGACAUAGCAAACCAGAUGUCCUUUAAAGUUGUUCUGUCUAUUGAGACUUAUGCCAGACUAAAUGUUCUGUAUGUGGGACUUUCUUCCAUUAGUGAAUUCAAGUCUGUACGCACACCCAUUUUGCUCUGUGCAAAUAUGUAAGGACAUUUCACCUCAAAAUACCACCAAAAUGUUACUUUGAGGGAAAAGUAUUUGACAAAAUACAUAGGAAAUCGGUAAUAGCCAUCAUCAAUAGAAGACAGAAGAUUUAGCCAGAGGGACAAAGACAUGCCAGGUGUCCUGGCCCAUCUCAAUAAUUGUAGCUUCAAGAAUGCCCUAUACUUCCUCAAGGUUCAAAUCAGCCCCUGUAGACAAAUCUGAAAGACUUAUCUAAUGAGCCAGCAAAAAUCAGGAACUCAUAGCAUGGUUGAAGUUACAUAUUUAAACAUGGAACAAAAAGUGAGCAGGAGCUUUAGGCCCUGAGUUCAUAUUCCACUACUGGCACAAAAGAUGAAGACAUCUAGAUGUGAAAUGUGGGGAAUGGUAGCUUUAAACCAUGAAAACAGAAAAACAUACAAAUGGGAAUAUUACAUAUUUAAGCAAAAAGGCCAGACUUAUAAUAAACCAUUGGUGAGUAGGUGUGGGCCUGUUUAUGUUCUAUGGGAGCAUGUGGAAUAAUUUAUGAAACACCAAAUGGAUUCCAAGUAGCCAAAUGUGGAUCAGGAUGAGGUGGUACUAUGUAGUGAAUUGUGGAAGAAUAGGAUAUACAUCUUAGAUAUCCAUAUACAUUUUUCUAAAUGGAGUUGUCAGUGAUUUCUCAGUCUUCCUGUCUGUC